AUGGCAAUUACACCCACUCAAUUCGCGGUUCUAACGCGGCAGUCGGCCGGUUGGUCCGAUGCCAAGCGACGAGUCCUUUCUUCCUACCGAAGCUGGCUGCGAGCUGCACCCGAGAUCCAGACCAUGUACAACAUCCCACUACCCAUCUCGGCCCUUCGAACGCGAGUCCGACAAGAGUUUGAAAAGCACAGGUUUGUGAACAAGCUCGCCGUUGUUGACGUCCUCAUCAUGAAGAACAACGCGGAAUACCAGGAAAUGAUGAACUUCUGGAAGCAGACGACGCACGUCAUGUCCUACUUCAAGGAGGAGAACUUCCGCGGCGACAAGAGGCUACCAACGAAUUUCAUGGAGGGUUCUUGGAGGGUCGUAACUAGAGUUGGCCAAUGGGCCGACGUGUACAUAUGCUAUUAG